AGAGUUUGUUGUAGUGUUAGCAAGAUCUUUUCUACAGAAAAUAAUUUAAAGGCCUUAUUAUUCAUCUUCGAGUCUCAUAUUUGCGUCACGAUUAGAGCAUCAUUCUGAAGACAAAAAAAGAGUGCGGGCAGCUUGAUUGGGAUAAUUGGACUUGGAUCUAAAGCAACUGAAGAAAUGCUGCAGCUUGUUUUUUUGAUUUUGCUCUUUUCUGCUUGCAUUCAAUUCACUGAGUCCUGCACUGAUGGCUCUCUUAGACUGACAAAUUCCAGUCUUUCAUAUGGAGCAGUUGAGGUUUGCUCUAAUGGAUACUGGGGAAGCAUAUGCAGUGAUUUUUGGGAUAAUAGUGAUGCCAGUGUGGUAUGCAAGCAGCUAGGAUAUUCUCCUUAUGGUGCUAUAGGAUCUGUGGUAUCAUAUUUCAAUUCUAGUGCACAAUCACAUUCCAUCAUUGACCUAAACUGUACAGGAAAUGAAACCACUAUACUAUCCUGUCCACAUAAUGGUCUGGCUGGCUAUGCUUGUUCCAUUAACAGAGAUGCUAAUGUCUUCUGUCAGAAUUUCGGUGUACUUGAGGCAAAUUGUACUGAAGGUGAAGUGAGACUGGUUAAUGGUAACACUCAGUAUGAAGGACGUGUAGAAAUAUGCAUCAAUAGAGUAUGGGGAACUGUAUGUAGUAGAAGAGACAGUAUUAGGACUUGGCGGUACUCUUGGGAUACACUUGACAGUAAUGUUGUGUGUAGGCAAGCAGGGCACAUCGAGCUAGGAUCAGUUGCUUAUGGUACAGCUAGUGAAUUUGGGCAAGGCUCAGGUCCUAUACUGAUGUCUUUAACUCAUUGCAGUGGACAGGAGUCACAUCUAAUUAACUGUUCCUAUUCUCCACUGAUACCAUCAUACUGUUCACACAACGCCUAUACUGAAGGAACAUGGUAUAUUCACAUUAAUGAUCUUAACUGUACUGGGACAGAGUCUUCACUUUGGGACUGUCCUAUGAAUGGACUCAAUGGAUAUUCUUGUUCUCAUUAUGAUGAUGCUGCUGUUUUCUGUCAAUUGAUUGAUGUGAAGUAUUCUACUUGUACUACUGGUGAAGUGAGAUUAGCUGAUGGCAUGACAGUGUAUGAAGGAAGAGUUGAAGUGUGUGAGAAUGGAGUUUGGGGUUCAGUCUGUAGUGGGUCUUCAUCUAAUGAAAGAAAUGUUUACACUUUAUGCCAUGAAUUAGGAUAUCAAGGUGGUAUAGCACUUCCAAACUCAAACUUUGGUGUGAGUAAUAAUUCAAUUUUGAUUUAUGAUCUGUCUUGUGGUGCUUUUCAAUCAAAUCUAAGUAACUGUUACCAAAGAAAGUAUCCACACUAUAAUAUUUGGUGGUAUAGUGGGUGCAACAAUUAUCAAGAAUUGAGUAUCAAAUGUGAAAAUUCUUGUAUUAACAAUGAAAUAGAGCUAUUUGGUGGCCCUUCCAGUCGUCAUGGUAAUGUAAGAGUCUGUGUCAAUGGUUCAUGGGUUAUGGUGUGUGGAUAUGGUAAUACUGUCAUUGAUAAUAAUCUAGCUAGUGUUGUCUGUUCCAGCAUUGGAUACUCAACUUAUGGUGCUAAAAGUGCUAGAAAUGUAUGGAACAAUUAUAACUAUCCAUAUCAGUUUUACAAUGUUCAGUGCUUUGGAAAUGAGAGUAGCUUAUUUGACUGUCAGUAUAAUACUACAGGAUCAUGUCCCAAUUAUAAUGGAGCAGUGGCUCUCUUUUGUCUAUUCAAUUAUGAUUAUAUCCCAGCUAACUGUACAGAUGGUGAUAUUAGACUGUAUGGUGGGUCUACACCUAACCAAGGAGUACUUCAUGUGUGUAGUAAUGGAAUCUGGGGAACUGUCUGUAGUAAUAACAAUUGGAAUAACAUUGAAACUGAUGUUGCUUGCUUUCAAUUGGGAUACUACAGCUAUGGUGAUUCUUUCUCCAGAAGGAUCACUGAUGGAAUGUUUCCUAUCAUUUAUUCUUAUUUCGAUUGUCAGGGUAAUGAAGCAACACUGUUGUCUUGUAGUCCUGGACUUCAUUCUAGUAUUCAGUAUUGUACUAACAAUGCCAUUGAAUUAAAAUGUGAAGUAAAUUGUACAUCUGGUGACAUACGUCUAGCUGAUGGUGGAUACUAUUAUGGUCGUGUUGAAGUUUGUGUUGAAGGAAUAUGGGGGACUAUCUGCAGAGAUAGCUAUUGGGAUAAUAAUGAUGCUAGUGUUGUCUGUAGGCAGCUAGGAUUCUCUCCUUAUGGUUCAAUUGCUGUUCCUUCUUCCUGGAAUAAUGAAAUACAUGGAAUAACUUUUUUAACUGGUUUAAAUUGUAAUGGAACUGAAGAAAACAUCUUUGACUGUCUAGUUGAUGCUAAUGCUCCUGUUUGUUCAUCUAAUUGGGCUGAUGCUAAUGUUGUUUGUCCAGCUCAUGGUGUUUCAACCUAUUCUAAUUGUACUGAUGGUGAUAUUAGAUUGGUUGGUGGUAGCACAGAAUAUGAAGGAAGAGUUGAAGUCUGCAUUAAUAAUGCAUGGGGAACUGUUUACAACUCUCACUCUUACUAUAAUUACUACAGAGAAUACUUUGCUCAGACAGUAUGCAAUGCAUUAGGUUUUACCUCUCCUGGUGCUAUGGACUUGUAUGUUUAUAAUACAAAAUUUGGUGAAGGAAGUGGUCCAAUAUUAAUGUAUACAUACUGCUAUUCAUUAGAGACUUCAUUGUUUGACUGCACCUUACGACCACAGUACAUUCCGGAUGUGACUCAUGAGUAUGAUGCUGGUGUGAGGUGUGAAACUCCUUGUGAAAAUGGGGACAUUAGACUAGUUGGUGGUUCUGAUCCAUUGGUGGGAAGAGUGGAGCUAUGUGUUAAUAAGACCUGGGGUACUAUAUGUGAUGAUUAUUGGGAUGACAAUGAUGCUAGUGUUGUAUGUAGACAAGUUGGUUUUUCUGGACAAGCACUCAGUACAACUAGCAACUGCACUACUGGUCAUGUUAGAUUAACAGGUGGUCAGUCCCAGUAUGUUGGUUUAGUUGAGAUAUGCUAUGGAGGAGUUUGGAAAUCAAUAUGUCCUAGAGGAUGGGAUACUCGUGAGGCUCAAGUUGUGUGUAGACAAUUAGGGUUUAAUUCUAUUGGAGCUGAUACUGUUAAUAUUGGAAAAGGUUUCGGUCCUGUACAUUCAUCAUAUUUUAUCUGUAGUGGAAGUGAAGCCACUCUCCUGAACUGUAGCUAUUACACUUCUUUCUGUUACUAUUCAUACCAUGCUGGAGUUGAAUGUGAAUCUCCUUGUAUUGAGGGGGCUAUUCAAUUAGAAGGUGAUGAUAAAUACAAAGAAUUUGGUCGAGUUGAAGUAUGUAUUAAUGGAACUUGGGGCACCAUUUGUGACAAUGGUUGGGAUAAUAAUGAUGCCAGUGUGGUAUGUAGACAGCUGGGAUACUCUCCUUAUGGAGCUAUAGCUAAAGCCUCAUAUUUUACAGAAGUUUGGCUACCUUUUCAUUUUUACAGUGUGAAUUGUAGUGGUAAUGAAAGUACACUGCUUAACUGUUCCUACUCAACUACUGGAUCUUGCUACAGCCGUCAAGAUGCUGGUCUUAUUUGCCAAAGUAUGAGUGUUGUAAAUGAUAACUGUACAGAUUAUACAGUUCGCUUGGUGGAUGGAGCAACUGCAAGAGAAGGAAAAGUUCAAAUAUGUCUUAAUAAGGUCUGGGGUGCAUUUUGCUAUAGGGACAAUUAUAAUUAUGAUGUGGAUGCUAACAUCAUUUGUAGAGACCUUGGAUAUAACACUGGCAAUGGAAUGACUUAUCUUGCUGAGUCCUCUAGUGUAGAUGUUUUGCUGGUAGCUGAUAUGAGCUGCUCUCAAUCUGCUACUAGUAUUAAGCAAUGCAGUCUAACACAUUACACUAAGUUAUCUAGGUGUGAUGCUAGACACACUGCAGCAGUCAGAUGCCACAAUUGUACUGAAGGUAGUGUUAGACUGAUACCUUAUGAUUCUUAUUCUGAAGAUAUUGGACGUGUUGAAGUUUGUGUUGAUGGUACUUGGGGUAGUAUAUGCUAUCAUCAUUUUACUGACAAUGAUGCUCAAGUUGUCUGUAGACAGUUAGGAUACACUGCAUUAGGGUCAAUUUCAAUGGGAAGACUCCGUUAUGAUUCUGAUAUUCCCCUUCACAUUGUUAAUCUUAAUUGUACUGGUAAUGAAGAGAGUAUAUGGGAUUGUCCCUCAAGUACACAAGGACAAAAAUCUUGCUCUAUAUACUCUGAUGUAUCAGUUGCUUGUCAUGGUUUUGCUGUGGAGUAUUCUGAUUGUCCUAAUGGUCAAAUACGCUUAUCAAAUAGAACAAGCAAAAUGGAAGGAAGAGUUGAAUUGUGUUACAAUCAUGUUUGGUUUGGAAUAUGUGCUGAUAAUUAUGAUAAUUAUUAUUACACUGGAACUGUUUGUAACUCAAUGGGUUAUUCACAAAGUGCUACAGGACAUUCUAGUUCAUUUUUGGAUUUACCAGGAGUUCCAUUAUUUCCCUUUGAGUUCUACUGCUCUAGCAUCAUGGGCUCUCUGUUGAAUUGCUCAAAAAGAGCUAUUAGUUGUUACAGAAGUUAUUUCUCUAAUAACUAUAAAUAUUCAGGAUUAACUUGUCAUGAAAAGUGUCUUCAUGGUGACAUUAAACUCUCAGGUUUGGGAUAUAGUUCUAUUGGUGUAAUUAAUGUGUGUGUGAAUGGUGUUUGGGGGACUAUCUGUAACACUGGCUUUGAUGAUGCUGAUGCUAGUGUAGUUUGUGCUCAAUUAGGAUUCUCACGUUACGUCAAUGAUGCUACUGUUGAUACUUCAUGUACAACUGGUGAUGUUAGAUUAGUUGGUGGUCCCAAUAAAUAUGAAGGAAGAGUUGAAAUAUGUUACAAUCAAAUGUGGGGAACUAUUUGUGAUCAUUUCUGGGGUACAACCGAAGCUAAUGUUGUUUGCAAGCAGCUUGGCCAUCAAAUGACAGGAUCAGUAUCAGUGCAUGGUAGUUAUUAUGGAUAUGGGCAAGCUCCAUUUGUUAUGGGUGAUAUGUAUUGUUCCAGAAUUCACAGUUCUCUAUUAGAUUGUAAUCAUUACUUUGGAGGUUACAAUACUCUCUAUUGUGGUAUAACUAAUGCAGCAAGUGUUGUAUGUUUAGAAUCCUGUAAUGAUGGUGAUGUAAGAUUGAGUGGAUCAUCAGUGACAUAUGCUGGUCGUGUUGAACUGUGUGUUGAGAGAACAUGGACUACACUGUGUGAUCAAACAUGGGACUUCAAUGAUGCUGCAGUGACUUGUAGACAACUUGGAUACUCUUCAUAUGGUGCUAUACCAACAUACAAUUGCUAUACCGAGAGACAGCUGUCAUUUGGUAUCACAAAUCUUGGUUGUAAUGGGUCAGAAGAACAUAUUUUGAACUGUACACACAGCAAUCCAGUUUUGUAUAACUGCCUAUCACAUAAUGAUGCUGGCUUAAUUUGUCAAGAAACUGUUCAGCAAUCUAAUUGUACUGAUGGUGAGGUGAGAUUGGUUGAUGGUAGUGGUCCUCAUGAAGGAAGAGUUGAA